CUGCGCUGUUUGUAGCUUCUUGUACCUCUUCAUAACACCCCACCAUCGCGUGAAUUGAUCUCUCCCACCCGUUGACUUACAAUUCCUUCUACUGUCGCCAGACUGGUCGAAAUCGUGCCGACAAUAUGGUCGCCAGUCCUCACGGCUCGAGCCCAGCGAUGCGGGCGCUCUCGCAACCGGCAAUUACUGAGGAUGAACCGAACGAGACUACGGGUAUCAUCACGGCUGGGCGCCAGCAUGAUUACCAUUCGACACACUCCAGCGUGCGGCGGAGGAACACACCGGCCACUCCGACACAGCCGAAUGGCGACGCCGAGCCCGAAGAGGUCAAAGACGAGAAGGGAUGGCUAGCCGACUACCUCUCGGGGCUGUGGACGAUAGAGCUGGAAAACACUGGCAGUACUGCACGAGAUCACCUGGCGCUUGAACGUACUUUCCUUGCCUGGCUUCGCACGUCGCUGGGCUUUGCCUCGAUUGGCAUUGCCAUCACUCAACUUUUCCGGCUCAACACAUCGCUCGCAGACGGGGAAGACGACCCGCAUUUCGCGACUCUACGACACAUAGGAAAACCACUCGGCGCGACGUUUAUCGGCAUCAGCAUCCUCGUCUUGCUGCUGGGCUAUCUGAGAUAUUACCAGAGCCAACAGUGGGUGAUGAAGGGCAAAUUCCCGGCCUCACGGGGCGCCAUCAUCCUGGUGUCGCUGAUUGCGUUCGCAUUGAUGGCUGCGAGCCUUACAGUAGUAAUCGUCGUUCAGCCCACUGUGAGAUCUCAAUAGUUUUUUUGGGUGAGGUCCGCCCCAGAUGGACGUUCGAGGGGAGAUUUGGUCGUGGUUUUGUAGCAUCGGUGUAUCGGGCGCACUGGGUUUUUGAUUUACAGCAUCUGCAGGCGUUCUAGAUCCCAUCGCCAUAUUGUUCGAAUUCCGGACCAGAUCGUAUAGUUCACUUCUGCACCCCGAGAUAGUCAACAUACCUGUGAUGGCUGCGUAUCCCUGUCUCAGGGCCAAUGGGUUUCCGCGCGUAGUAUCGAAGACCAUUUGUGCUGGAACUGCUGCCCGUCCCCACUUCGGACUUCAACAGCAGCAGCUCUCCACCACC